AUGGCGGAGGCUGGCCCAGCCUGCUCUGAGUCCUUCGCGUGGACCGCCCGCUGCAAAAGCAUCGCCGACUUCCGCUCGGCAGCCUUCACCGCUCCCUGGGAGGCCGGACAGGCGAACUCCGCUGCCCUGGCCAAGAUGGCCAAGCUGGUGACGCAGGCCGAUGAGACGCCUGCGCCUGCCUGGGUGCCUCCGCAACCCUCGCGGCAACGGCCCUUGCCGCAAUCGAGGCUCCCGUUGCUCCCGCCGCAGGAGCCGAAUUUUCGCGGCAAGAAGACUUUAGUGUUGGACUUGGACGAGACGCUUGUGCACAGUUCCUUCACCCCGGUCACUUGUGAUUUGGUGCUCAGUGUGUUCCUGGGCACCGAAGAGCACAAGGUCUACGUGCGAAAGCGGCCGGGCGUUGAUGAGUUUCUUAAGGCCGUUGCCAAGCUGUAUGAGGUGGCCAUUUUCACCGCUUCUACUUCGCUGUACGCGAACGCUUUGCUGGAUGUGCUGGACCAGCGUGGAUGGAUUCAACACAGGCUUUUCCGCGAAGCCUGCACCAGAUACAAGGAGGGCUAUGUCAAGGACCUGUCGCUCUUGGGGCGCAACCUGAACGAUGUGAUCAUCGUUGACAACAUGCCAGUCUGCUACGCGUUGCAGCCGGAGAAUGCCAUUCCCAUACGAACGUGGAAGCACGAUCCCGAAGACACGGAGCUGAUGGACCUGUUGCCCAUCCUGCUGUCUCUGGCGCACGUGGAAGAGAUUCCGCGCAUGUUGAAGGAGAUACUGGCCUACGAAGCCAGCGAAGACGAUGCCGAUGAGGCCGGUGCCGGGUAG